AUGCACGUGCUCCCAGACGGGCGCUUCAGGGUCUUUCUCGUGCUCCUUGCCUUAACCUUGGCAACGUAUGUCAAGGCGCAUGGCACAGAAGACACAGAGAACGCCGAAAGUAGUAAACAAAGUGUUGGAGAAGAUGCAGGUACCACGGAAGAGGAUGAGGGGGCAGAGGUUUCUGAUGAUAUCACCACUGAGGAUGAGGUCUUGGUCUUAAACAAGCACAACUUCGACAGAGCCCUCAAGGAGAACCGAUACCUGCUGGUCGAAUUCUAUGCUCCAUGGUGUGGUCACUGCCAGGCUUUUACCCCAGAAUAUGCCACUGCUGCAGGAAUGCUGAAAAAUGAAUCUUCUGAAAUUAAGGUGGCCAAGGUUGAUGCUACAGAAGAAAAUGAUCUUGCUACAGAGUUUGAUAUCAACAACUUUCCAACGCUUAUAUUCUUUAAGGAUGGAGAUAGAAAUGGACCAAUACCAUACUCUGGAAAAAGAAAUGCGAAAGGUGUAGUCCACUGGCUAAAGAGAAGAACAAGUCCCAGUACUACUGUACUAGACAGUGUGGUGCAGGCAGAAGAACUUAUCAAUUCCAAAGACAUUGUUGUAGUUGGUUUCUUCAAGGACCUUGACAAAGAUGAUGAGAAAACGUUUUAUGAAGCGGCACUAGAUAAUGAGGAAGCAGUUUUUGGUAUCACAAGCAGUGCUGAUGUAUUCCAGAAGUAUGGAAUUUCCAAAGAUACUGUGGUUCUUUUUAAAAAGUUUGAUGAUAAGCGGGCUGAUCAUGAAGUUGAUGAAGAUACUGGACUGGAUAAGAUGGAACUUUCCAAAUUUAUCCAAAUUAAUUCUUUGGAGCUGGUAACAGAAUUUUCAGAACAGAAUUCAGAAAAGAUCUUUGGAUCCCGUGUCAAGAACCACUUAUUGCUUUUUAUUAAUAAGACACUUGAACAUCACAAUGAGAUUUUGGAGCAAUUCAGAGAAGCUGCCAUCGAUUUCAGAGGAAAGGUAUUGUUUAUAGUAAUUGACAUCAAUGGGAAUGUUGAUCAUGUAAUGACUUAUUUUGGUCUGAAAAAAGAAGAUGCCCCCACAGUUCGCUACAUCAACAUCACCACGGUAAAGACCUACAAGUUUGACACCAAUGAGAUCACAAAAGAAACAGUGAAAGUCUUCACCCAAGAUGUACUAGAUGAGAAAAUAAAGCCUCACCUGAAAAGCGAGGAUAUUCCUGAAGAUUGGGACAAAAAUCCAGUAAAAGUCCUUGUUGGCAAGAAUUUUAAUGAAGUAGCUUUUGAUGAAACAAAGAACGUCUUUGUUGAGUUUUAUGCUCCCUGGUGUGCCCAUUGUAAAGAACUUGCACCUAUCUGGGAUGAGCUUGGAGAGAAGUACAAAGACUAUGAAAACAUUGUCAUUGCUAAAAUGGAUUCAACAGCCAAUGAAGUUGAAAAUAUUUCAAUUACUGGCUAUCCAACCAUUAAAUACUUCCCAGCAGGCACUGAGAGAAAGGUUAUCGAUUAUAUUGGCAAAAGGGAAUUAGAAGCAUUCUCAGUAUUUUUGGAUAAUGGUGGACAAUUUCCAAAGGAAGAAGAAACGCAGGAACCUGAAGAUGCUGCAAACAAAACAGAAAGGGGAGCUGAUGCAGAAAGUGGCACUGGAGAAACCACAAAGGAUGAACUUUAGUCAUGCAUAAUAUUCAGUAUAUUCUCAUGCUGCAGGACUCAAAAGAUAAAGCAAAACAUACUAAAAUAACAAAGCAAAAUUAUUUUGAAUGCAAUAAAGUUCACACAGUAUUGUCACAAAGGGAGUACAAAAUCACCAAAUACAGUCAAGAAUAUCAAAGAAUGUUUUUUAACUGAGAAAUUAAAAGUUAA